CCCAAGGCAGAGCAGAGCAGAGCAGGAGCAAGGAGGAGGAAGGGAACGGCGAACUGCAGGCUCUGUCUGAGCACCAUAAAGGAUUGGAAGAGGAAGAGGGGAAGCCUGCCAUGACAAAGCCAGUCGGAGGAGCAGAUGGUUAGAGGGAGAGUAGGAUCCCCCCCCUACGCACACACACACACACACACAUGCACUGACUGACGCAAACACACACUCACCAGCAAAAACACCAAGCCCAGCUCGAGGACUGUUGUUGACUGCAUGGAGCUGUCCUCACUUUGUCUGGGCUUUAGAGGGAAGCACAUCUCUGCCUGCUGUUCUGAGGAGGAAUACCCACUGCAGGAUCAGAGGACUGGAGGAGGAGACAAAAGAGGAGAGGAGAGGGGGAUGAGACUUGUGAAAAUCCUCUGUUAAAAAAAGCAGCUUUGGGAGGAAGACAAAGCCCGGACUAAUGCCAGAUAAUUACCUUCAUUGGACGAGGACUGUCAUUUCGAACGGUGGCUGUCAUUGAAUUUAGCGAGGGGGACGACACGGCAGACGCAAAGUGAAGUCGAACAGGCCCUUUUCUUGCUGGAGAUGAGCACUUGAGGUCUUCGGUCCCAGUCCAAACCCCGCUCCCAAAUCUCCCAAUCUUUACACGGGGUGGUUAAUCCAGAUUUGGGAAUGCUGGGCAGCGCAGACUGCUGAGCCAACGAAACCGCACCUCCCGAGGAUUUGUGGAAUCUGAGCAAAUCUGAAAAUCUUGAUGGUUGUUUUUGGAGGAGCCGACACAACCCAACAGGAGAGCGAUCCAGCUCGGGGCGCCUGAAUCCAGACUCCAAGCAGACCCAGCGUCCGGAGCUCAGGCCCAGGAGCCCGGCCCCUCUCCAGCCUUCUCCUGACAGGGCCCGAAUAUACUGCUGCUGCCCUGGGAGUCAAAUUUCAUGCAACCAUUCCAAUGGUGUAACGGAUGCCUGUGUGGUCUGGGUUCUCAGCGCACUGAACACUACUGCAGCAUGACGUCUGACAUCUAUCACCUCCCGCUCAACGUGUAUGUCAUUGUGCUGGGCAUUGGCCUUUUUGUCUUCAUGCUCAGCCUCAUCUUCUGCUGCUACCUUUUCAGGUUGAAGCAACAAGGAACAAGGGAGCAGUUCAGCUACAAUGAGGUGGUGCUGAAGGGAGCGAGCAAGAAACUGAGCCUCCUAGGACAAACCUGUGCGGUGUGUCUGGAAGAGUUCAGGACCAGAGAUGAACUGGGGGUGUGCCCAUGCUCACAUGCAUUUCACAAGAAGUGCCUGCUUAAGUGGCUGGAGAUCCGCAGCGUGUGCCCCAUGUGUAACAAGCCCAUCCUCCGGCUCCACACGGACGCUCCCCAGGGUGCCGAGGGUCCGAUGGACCCGGAGGAGGUGUGAGUGAGCGGGGAAAGAGGAACCCGGACAGAGAAAACACACACAUUAAAUACACUAGGGAUGAUGGACAGCGGUCAUCUUUAAGACAUCUCACAGGAAAUGUUGAUAAUGAUCCCAAGCGGCCGCCCUGCUGCUGACCUUUGAGCAAUAUGCCUCAGUGGGAAUUGGAUACUGACAGCAGCAAAACGAUUUGGUCAGGUCAGUCAGGGAUCAGUCAGUUGGAUGAAUAGGACCUUUUCAUAAAAAUGCUCCUAGUUCUACUUCCAUAUUGCACUGUUCACCAAAAGAAAAAAAAAAAAAGGCCAGGAAAAGGAGCCACAUUAGAGAGCAGGAUAUCAUUGCCACCGUCACUGGAUGACUAGUGCAGCACUGCCAGAGACCAACAACACUUCAGGCAUUGAGCAGGACAUCAGAGUACAGGAUCAGUAUGGAUACCUCUAAUAUCUCAGGGGUGUUACCAAUACAGCCAGCACAAACCAUGUCAAUCACCCUAUAACCCUGUGCCACACAUGCAUCUUCAAUACUGCCAACGUAGGUGAAAGGCUCCAGCAGUCAGAGGCAGCCACAACCUCCGGCUGAAACCAAGACCAGCGGGAUUACAACCAUGACGAUUUAAGUAGACAAUGUUGUUACCGAUUGUGUCCCAGGCCCUUUCCUUUUAAAAAGAGACUGAUAGAAAACUAGUCUUGCCUGUAUGUAUUGUAUGUAAACAUGUCCCUAUAUAUUGUUAUUUUGUAUUUGUUGCUUUUAAAUAAAAGUCACGUAAUGUA